AUGUUCGAUUCCAAGGUGGCCACCUGGCUGGCGAAGAUGCCCCGCUCGGACGGGGAGAACUGGAAGCGACGCCACGUGGUCAUCACCUGUGGGGAGAAACCCACCAUCGUGGCCAGUACCUGGCGUGGCUACGGGGUCAAGGUGCAACGUUUUCCGGUGCCACCCGUCCGGAGCCAGCGCUUCGUGCGCAAGGACGGUGCAGGGGACGCCUUUGCAGGCGGCUUUUUGUACGGUCUGAUGCAUGAGGCAGAUGUGGAGAGCUGCGUGCAGAUGGCACUUUAUUGUGCGAGCGUGGCAGUGCAGCGAACAGGCCCAGGCUUCUCCUUCAAGGACAAGCCGAGCUUGUCAAGGUCUGCGCCCUGA